CAACAACAACAACAACAAUCAUUAGAUUUGGCAUUGGUACAUAAUGAAUCCAUUGUGCAUAAGAAUGGAAAUGGCUUCUCUACCAAUUUGACCGAUUUAUCAUUGCUAACCGGUUCCAUUUGUUCCAAUAAUGCGAAACUGAAUGAUGAUCAUCAUGAUGAUGAUGGUGAUGGCCAAACUCCUACGGACAACAAUAAAUCUUUGGAUUUACCGUUUAUUCUUGAUGAUAUCACUUUGGAACAAUUAUUAGACAUCCCUCAUUGGUCAGAAGAAUUGAAACAAGUUGAAUUUAAAACAAUUGAACAAUUUGAAAAUGCAUUAAUACAAUGGGAAGAUAUUCUACAACAAGUAUUGGAAUGUUAUGAUUACAAUACAUUUGGAUCAUAUGUUGAUUUUUAUCAUUCAUAUCAGAAAUCAAAUUCCAAUCUAACGGAUUUUAUAUUGAAUUAUCAGGCAAAAAUAACAACCGAAAGUAUGUCUUGUGUAGCACAAUCAUUAAUGUUGAUGCAAUGUCUAUCUACAAAAGACAAUUUAUAUGGAUCAAAUUUUUCAUUAGUAUCAUGUGAAGAAAUGAUUAUGAUUAUGACUGCUGCCGAAAAUGGUGAAGGUAAAUCAUUACAGACAAAAUAUCAACUUGAUGCUAAAGAUAAUGUUAAAGAACAUGUAUUGGUAUGUUUAAAAUUUCAUAUUAUCGAUAAUAACCGUUUUGGUUAUGUUUUAUUGGAUCCUGGUUAUCAUAUUUCGAGGCCAAUAAUUGUCAUGAAUGAUUGUUUAUUUCCACAUACUGGUUGGUUUAAUGCAUCGAAAAAUCAAAAAGUUUGUAAAGAUUAUUGUUAUCAGAUUAUAAAUGAUCAAUAUAUUGCAUGGAAAGUACGUGAAACAAAAAUCGAUGAUCCAACUGAAGUGAUGAAACAAUAUGUGAACAUUAUUUAUAUUAAAAAAGAAUUCAUCAAAUAUGCAAGUGUUACAGAAAAACGUGCUUGUAUUUUUUCAUUAAAAUCAUAUGUUAUACGUAAUCGUAAAGGUGCUAUAGCUGGAUUCUAUUCAUGGAUUGAACAAAAAAAUCUGACAAUAUUCUAUGAAGAAGAGAAUGGCAAACGUAUUACAAAUAAAUUUCAUAUAAAAGAUCUUGAUGAACCGAAUGUACGAUUGUGUUUGGAAAAAGUGGCCACCUAUUCAAAAGAACCAAAAGAUUAUGAAUCAUUUAUCUGUUUAUUGGCCAAUUAUCGUCAAUCAUUAUAUGAUGAAGAAUUUUGUUUUGAUCUUUGUGAAAUAGAUAAAUGGAUUGAAGAAGAUUAAAAUGGGGGUUUCCAAGA